CCCGGUUCCCAUGGCAACAUUAGGACGCUUCUCCUGGGAGUGUGAGCAUGGCGAGUGCCUCCACAUCCCGGAUCCAGAAAAAUUCAGACAAGACAGACUCUCCAAAGAUCCUGACUUCAGAUUUCCUCUCAGAUCUCCAAAUCAGCGAUUUAAUCAAUGAAAACAUACAUGGGGUUCAAAAAAAACUGGAAGAGUUCUUGAACUUCCAGGAACUUCCUACUUCUCUAAAGGAAGCUAUUCUGCUUGAUUAUUACACAUCUGGAUUCUGGUGGGCCAAAGGCAAGAACUUCACCGUUCCCCAACUGUCCAAAUUUAUGGCUUUGCUAGAAAAGUUGCUUCACAACCUCGAGACCCUACAUGCAUCUCUGGAAGACAGCAUAAAGUUUCUGGGGGAAGCCAUGGCUGAAAUUGGCCCAAAUACCAUAGAUAAGCCCUAUAUGAAUGUCUUUAAUGUACAACAAGCCAACGAGAUCAUCGAUUAUCUGAAGAUGAGCUUAUUUCAACACUAUAAGCUGUAUGAAUUUCUCUUCUUCUCUCCCAGGGAUGAAAUUGUGAUAGGAACGGAGAAAGUGAUUGAACUUGUCAAGUCAGCAGAUUCCCCUUUCCCAGAUCCCCUUGAAGAAGGCAUCCCAUGUGACAUUUAUUCGGCAUUCAUAGUGCCACCCCCAACAUCAACUCUUGACUUAGAGGAUAUAGAGCAGGUUCUUUCGGAGGAGUCCCCAGUGGAAAGUGAAGCCACAGAGGUAGAUCCAUUGGCCAAUUUCACCAUCGAAGAGGUCAAGACAGUGCUGGGUCAGAUCACAGAUGAAGUCAUAAGCAGUAUUCAGGCUGAGAUAAACGAGAAGCUGCAGAUGCAGGAAGAGACCUUCAAUGUACGGAUCGAGAAACUGAAACAGGCCUGAGGAUGCCUAGGGACGGGAGCCAGGCUGAACUUCAGAGAGAGUAUUAAAAGCCCGGAACAUACGCCCAUCUCUCUAGCACCCCAUCCUCUCUGUUUAGCAGAGAACUGUUGCCCCUAUCCCUUUUAUACUAUUUAUUUUUAUUUUAUUUUAUCAGUCCUGAUUUGGCGCUUUUCCUGGCCCAACUCAACAGCUGAAUCAAUCUCACCAAGUAGAACUCAACCCUAUUUUAUAUGUAAGAGUUUCAGAAUUUUAUGUCAAAUAUGGCAUAUUUCAAGGUAUGUUUUUGACAUUAUGCAGCAUAAAGAAACUUUUUUAAACCAAAAAGAUAAAAAAGCAAAGAAUUUUAUCUCCACUGACUCUCCUUCAAUGGACACAUUGAAACUGGGAGACUAGAGCCCCUAGGACUAACUAUUACUUGGACUUUUCCUCCAUUCUGAACCAUUGAGUUUUCUUGUUUAGACCUUACAUGUGUGUGAAGCCCAUUUCCU